CUACACUCUAGGGUGGCUGAGAUGGUGUACGUGGCGUCGCGGCUCGAGGUCAGCAUGGCAUCGAGGGUGCGCGGACCCCCGGCGUGGUUGGCGUUUGUGGUGGUUCCGGCGGUGUUGCUGGUGGCGGUGGUGGUGUUUCCGCCAUUGCCAUUGUUGCUAGUGUUAGUGGAGGACGACCUAGCACCCGGCGGUGAAGACGACAGACACAUGUCGGCGCACGUGUGCAGCGCGCUGAUGGCGUUGGCAGCAGCGGCGAGGCAGGGGUUGGCUGGAUUGGAACAUCUCCGCCGUCUGGGCGCAUCAGCCGCGUUGCUUGGAUGGGUCCUGAUAUUAUUGCCGAUGGGAGGAAUGCCGCCGCCGUGCGCCUGUCCCGCAUCUGGACCGGAAGGUGGUGUUAUUGCGGCGGUGGCAUCAGCCCCAAAACCCCCAGCAUCCCACGGCUCCCAGGCCAGCAUGUCGGAAAGGGAAGGGGGGCCCGAAUCGGUCAAGAACUCGGACAAUGACGAGGCCGUGACCCCGAGCCCAAACUCAGACUCGUCGUUGCCGCCGGGGGAUGUACCCGCGUUGCCGGACGGGUUGAGAUGAAAGAGAGGGAGCCCCUGGCUGCGUGUCCCGAGGGUCUGGACCAACUCGGGAUACAAACUCCACUCCAUCGUAGGGUGGCACAACGCUCGGCGUUGAAAGGCACUAACUAGGGAGAGAGGAGGUCUGGACGGGAGACCCUGUGAGGCGUCAGGAUGGAGGAGUUAGUAGUCUUGGCGAUGUCCUCGUACUAAUACCCGUCGGCGGAUGGCUACCCCAUCUUGGAAGGCCGCAUCGCCAGCUCGAACGGCGGCGGAUCGGAACGGGGGGCUGGCCUCCAAAGGACCAGAACAGGCAAGAAACACACAUGAUGUCAGCGUUCGUUUGCGGAGACGCUGCUGAUCGCUUAAGGGGGACGUUGACCACCCCGCCCUCCCCCUCCUCUCCGAGGCUAAACGCAGGGUAACCGUGACUGUGUGUCUGUCGUCUCGUCC